GAACGCCCCCUCUGCGGCUCAGCGGUCCCACCACCCCUACCAAUAGCAGCUACGUAUCGUCUUGGUUUUGUUUUUGUUGAUGAAAUAUUUUUAGACUAAUGGGAUAUUCAUCGCCAUAUCCAUAAGACUCAAGGUUUCUUCUUCAAAAUUUGUGUUGAUUUUCUUUUUCUUAUUUAUAUAUAUAGAUUUAUUCUAAAGGUUGGGUUGAAAGUAUUGUUGAAUACAUUUGGAUGGCGAAUUUGUAUGUGAGGGCUGCUCCAACGACGGAUCUGAAUCGGAAUACUGAAUGGUUCACGUAUCCUGGAGUAUGGACCAUCUACAUAUUCAUUCUCUUCUUCUCAUGGCUCGUUGUGCUAUCUGUAUUUGGUUCUUCAUCCGGCAUGGCGUGGACUAUCGUCAAUAUUUCUCAUUUCCUUGUCACAUAUCACUGUUUUCACUGGAAGAAGGGAACGCCAUUUGCUGAAGACCAGGGUAUCUACAACAGAUUGACAUGGUGGGAGCAAAUGGAUAAUGGGAAGCAGCUUACUCCCAAUAGGAAGUUUCUGACAGUUGUUCCUGUGGUGCUGUACUUGAUAGCUUCCCAUACAACUGACUAUCGACACCCAAUGUUGUUCUUCAACACAUUCACAGUUUUCAUACUGGUGGUUGCCAAAUUUCCCAACAUGCACAAGGUUCGAAUUUUUGGGAUCAAUGCAGAUCAAUGAACUACAUUCAAUUCAAAACAUUUAGUUCAACUUUACUCUCAGCCAUAUAUUUGAUUGGUUUAACAAUUUUGAGUAAACAGGGAACUCCUGUACAAAUGCAACAACUGCAAAGGGUGAAAUUAUAUAUAGUAAAAAAUCAAGAGCCGAUGUUCGGUAUGCUUA